AUGGAUCGCAAAAUUGCCAGCAAAGAUCCCACUCGGAGGCCACCUCGGAUUGUGAAGAAACCUAAAACCAAGAAGCAGCCACCGAAACGGACCGACCAGCCGUUCAGCAACCUCCGUCUGUUCAGGAGCAGUCUGCUCUACCAGACGAAGGAAUUUUUCGACAAUUCGACGCUGCACGGAGUGCGUUACAUUGCCGAGAAGGGACGCCCAGUGCUCGAGCGAUUCAUGUGGUUCUGCUUUGUGGCCAUCGGAGCCGUCGCUGCGACGGUGAUCAUCUUCAGUCUGUGGGAAAAGUUUCAAACGAACCCCACCAUUACCGGGUUGGACACGGACUUCCACAACCAGGAGGUGAUUUUCCCCACGGUGAUGGUUUGUCCCACGGCGCCGUAUGACGAGGAGAGCGUCCAGGAUGUGGCGUACGUGACGCUGGCGAACUACGAGUCCGGAUCGGAGCAGUACGAGCCGUUUCUGCAGACUCUGACCAAACUGACGUAUGGACUGAUGGAUAGGGCUGCUCAGCAGAGUGAGAAGGUGACCGACGAUAAGCCAGCGGUGCACGAUCUCAGGAAGCUUGUGUUCAAGAUGGCUAUCCGUUGUAAUGCAACCUUCGGUCAAUGUCGCUACAAGGACGAGCCAAUUAACUGUUGUGAGUACUUCAAACCGGUUUACUCCGAGCAGGGAUUCUGCUACUCGUUCAACGCGCGUUAUAUCACCCCACCGAUGGGAGAGGAGCGCAACAGCGACAUCAGCUACCUGUACGAGACGGACAAGAAGUGGGGCCUAACGUUCGCACCCCUCCGGCAGUCCUACAUAUUCGUCCACUCGCACAACGAAAUCUCCGGAUGGGAUUUCCGACCGCAGGUUCUGUGGGAUCUAAACUUCGCGAUCGAUUUCUUAAUUUCGAUGAAGCAUACCUACACCACGGAAGACGCCCGACAGCUUUCGAUCGGGCAGCGAAAGUGUAUCUUCCCGGAUGAGGUCCGGUUGAAAUACUACAACGAUGAGUACACCUUCUCGGGCUGUAUGCGGGAGUGUCGGCUGCGCAAAUCUCUCCAGCUGUGUAAGUGUGUACCACCUUUCUACGCGCCACCACGUGUGCUGCAGUUCUGCAAGGUGCGUCAGUUGAGCUGCUUGGCAAAGUACACCGCAAACAUUACCAGCAUCCGUGAUUGUCAGCACUGCGAGCUCGGAUGUCACAAUACAGUUUACGACAUUGAGAAGUACUCCAAAGUAAUGACAACGGACGAAAGCAAGGAACCGGUGGUCACCAUCGAGUACCUCACCUGGCCAAUCAUUCGGUACAAGCGAGAGGUCCUCUUCGGAUGGGUCGACUUGUUGGUUUCCUUCGGAGGCAUCGCUGGUCUUUUUCUCGGCUUCAGUCUCCUAUCGGGGGUAGAAAUUGUAUACUUUUUUACGAUGCGAGCCUGCUGCAUGCUGUACAAAAACCGUGACGAACUGGUGGCUAUCGAACGGGAGAAAAUGAAGCGACCACUGCCACGCUACAAUCUCCAGCUUCGGCCGGAUUUUCGCGCGAAGCCAGCGACUUCCGGAGAGUCCCACGAGCUGUCUGAAAUUUCGGACUGUGGAUUGAACAAGCACGUCACCAGCAUCGGUCUGAUGGAACGGGAGUUCCAAGGGGUCAAACAGCCCAGCGAACAUGGGCUGGUGCUGACCGGAUUCAGCUCCCGCCACCAGGAUCGCUUCGAGAAGAUGAAGGGUUUCAUUCGGCCGGACUUCUUUCAACCCGUUCAUGCGGCACCGUAUAGCGAACGGAUUAAGCCACUCGAUAAGAACAUGGUUCGAACGCGGGAUGGGUUGUUCUACAGGGGGUAUUUGCCAUAA